AGUUUCUGAUAAAUAUUGUCCCGAUUCUUAUAUCCCUAAUCGAUUCAUAAACAUUCUAAUCAAAUUUUUGAGAAAAAUGUGUUGCUUAUCAUUCGUGAUAAAUUAUAAAUUUCAAGAUGUUACAAAAAUUUUGAUAUUCUACAAUAUUAUAUUUGAUACCAGUUGUCGUCUCUUCAGAUAAAGGCUUAGAUUGUAUAUUAUAAAUUAAAAAUGGCAUUUGUUCCUGAAUCUGCACCAGUUCCUUCAAUAGAUGUUGAACUUUCGUUAGCAUGCAGAGGACUAUCUGGUUCAGACAUUUUAUCUAAAUCUGAUCCUAUGUGUGUGACAUAUAUUCAACAAUUUAAUAAAUCUCAGUGGACAGAAUUUCAUCGUACUGAAACUGUAAAAAAUAAUGAAGAUCCAAAUUUUGUCUCUAAAGUACUUAUAAGUUAUCGAUUUGAAGAAAGACAGCCAUUAAUGUUUGAGAUUUAUGAUUCUGAUUCAAAAAGUAAAGACUUAUCUGCCCAUGAUUUUCUUGGAACUGUUACUACUACAUUAGGGCAACUUGUAACUACUAAACGUAAUAAAAUACAAUUAAAAGGUCGUGAUGAUAACUUAAAACAAGGAUUUUUAAUUAUAACUGUUGAAGAGUUAUGUUCAAAUAAUGAUGAAGUAAUAUUAGAAUUAAAAGGUCUAAAAUUAGAUAAGAAAGAUUUUUUUGGAAAAUCAGAUCCAUUUUUAGAAUUUUUCAAACUUACAGACACUGGAAAUUAUACUUUGGUUCAUAAAACUGACGUUAUUAAAAAUACGCUUUCACCUCAUUGGAAAAGGUUUAUUAUUCCUAUUAAAAUACUAUGUAAUGGUGAUUAUGACCGAACUUUGAAAAUUAUUUGCUUUGAUUGGAAUUCUUCUGGUGAUCACAGCCUUAUUGGAGAGUUUCAUACUACUUUAAAAGGUCUCUUAGAACCUAAUGCUACCUUCAAGUGCAUAAAUGGAAAGAAAAAGGAAAAAAAGAAAGAUUAUACAGAUUCUGGUGAAAUAUAUGUGACAUAUGCCAAUGUUGAGAAAACUUAUUCUUUCUUAGAGUAUAUUCAAGGAGGAACAGAAAUACAUUGCACUGUGGCUAUUGAUUUUACUGGGUCAAACGGACUCCCCUCACAUCCAAAAUCAUUACACUUUAUUAAUAAUUUAACCAUGAAUUCUUAUGAACAAGCUAUUUGGAGUAUAGUUUCUAUAAUUGAAGAUUACGACACAGAUAAACAGUUUCCCGUACUUGGCUUUGGAGCUAAAAUUCCCCCUUAUGGACAGGUUUCUCAUGAAUUUUUUGUCAAUAUGAGUGUUGAUAAUCCACAUUGUUUUAGUGUAAGAGGUGUACUGGAUGCUUACCGCAAUUGUAUUAAAUUAGUUCAAUUGUAUGGCCCCACAAAUUUUGCUCCUGUAAUUAACCAUGUAACUAGAAUUGCACAACAUAAUCAAGGGGGAAAUGGCUACUUUAUUUUACUCAUACUAACUGAUGGUGUCAUAACUGACAUGCAGGAAACAGUCCAAGCAAUUGUAACAGCAUCAAGAUUACCAAUUUCUAUUAUUAUUGUGGGAAUAGGUAAUGCAGAGUUUGACUCAAUGGAAGAAUUAGAUUCUGAUAAAAAGAUGUUAAAAACAGUUGAUGGUGUUAAAGCUGAGCGUGACAUUGUGCAGUUUGUGCCUUUCAAUAAGUAUUACAAUCAGGAUCCUAGUGUUGCUAAUCUAUACUUGGCUAAAGAAGUAUUGGCUGAAGUUCCUAAACAGUUUUUGAGUUACAUGAAGAGUAAGGGUAUUAUUCCAAAAAAUCAAUCUGCAAAUGUGCCAAACAUUGAAAAUUUAAAAAUUUAAUGUGUGUGAAUUUGAUCAAAUAAAUUCAAUUAUUUUUA